GUGAAGCCUGCGCUCGUUGCGAUAACAAAGGCUGCGUGAUGUCGAGCUCUGCGCGCACACAGAGACCUCAGUUCAGUCCGACCUAACAACAUCAGAAUCUCUUGGAAAGUAUUCAGUCGGAGCUCCUGUGACCUCGACAGCACGCGGACUCGACGGUAUUAGCGCAAACAGGACCAAACAAAAGUGUUUUUUUUCUCGGCCAGACGCCACCGUGUGUCUGCAGUCGACCCUCUCCUCCUCCUCCUGACUGACUGACUGAGCGAUCACGCCGCGUCCCUCGCGCUGUCUUGGAUUCAAGCUUCCUCUUCUCCUUGUUUCUGUCGACGGUGGCCCCGCACAUGUGUGCGAACAUGUAGAGAUGGACCUCAUGACACUGCUGGGCGCCGUGCUCGCCCUGCUCUUCCACCCAGGAUCCGCGUCCAAAAUCAAUGGCCAGAAGAUCUGUCGUCGCGGGACCGAGCGUCCAUGCUACAAGGUGUCCUACAUGCAGGACAGCUGGCGGCGCCUGACCUUCGAGGAUGCACGGGCUUCCUGCAGGGUGGACGGCGGCGACUUGCUCAGCAUUGAAUCAGAAAGCGAGCAGCGGCUGAUCGAGAGGUUCAUACGACAGCUGGGCGCUGGAGAUGGAGACUACUGGAUCGGACUCCGCCGCAGGCCGCCGAGAGUCAGAGCAGGGAGCCCCAGCCCAGCUUGCCCUUCUCAGUACUACUGGCUGGAUGGAAGCAAGGCCAGGUUCAGGAACUGGCAUUGGGACGAACCGUCAUGUGGGAGUGAGAUGUGUGUGGUUUUGUACCACCAGCCGUCCGCUCCACCCGAUGAGGAGGGUCAUUUCAUCUUUCAGUGGAACGACGACAACUGCAACUCCAAAAACAACUACGUCUGCAAAUAUCCAGAGGAACGAACAGCAGUAUUCACAGACAAGUGGAACACAGCACAUGCAGUAACGUCUCCGAGAACACACUUGAUCUCCACGACAGAAAGUGCCAUGAAAAAAGGACAGUCUGAGUCAUCUGUGUCCGUCUCUAGCGGCAGCUGGGACGUAGCUUACGCUCUCUACACAACCAUUCCAGCUCUGCUGCUGCUGCUGGUCGCAGCGCUUUGUUUCGUCUGCUACAAACGUUCCCAAAGGAGAAAGAGUGAAAGCCAGAUGAGCAGAACAAAACCGUGGAUGAGCCCACCCCCUCCUUGUCCAGUCCAGGGACCGUACGCCUUCAGUGACAUCACCAAGCUUCCUCACGCGGCGCCGGACUGCAGCAUCAUGACCAAAUACUUCGGUACCCCUCACCAGGAGCUCCACUGUGACGAUUAUGAGAAUUUGGCGAGUGAAGAGAAGGAGAGCGCGUUUGUGACCAAUGAUAUCUACGAGAUCUGCAGAGGUCAGAGCAGUGUGAGCGGUUGGGUGGACAAUGAGAUCUAUGGGUGACGCGCGGAAGCUCUUUUUCUAAGUGUCCUUUAUUAGUGAUGGGCAGAUGAGGCUUCAUGAAACAGUGUCCUUAUUUUUGGAGCUCAGUAGGUGGCGCUCUUGGCUUUAAAACGGGAUGCGUUUUCAUUGCAAUGGCUGCUCAAAUCCAAUGAUUUUUGAGCAGAGAGCGCCACCUAGUGGGCUCAGAAAAUGGGGACCCUGUUUCAUGAAGCCUCAUCAGCCCAUCACUAUCUUUUGUCAAGUUAGAUGUUUGCUCGUAAGGUGCAGGAUGCCUCAACAAGCAAGAGAUGUUUGAAGAUUUUAUCAUGUCCAUUCAAACAGCACAGUUGUCUGUUUCAUGUUGUUAAACUGGAAUAUAUUUUUAUAGCCAACCAAGCUUUUUGUGUCGUAUGCAGUGUUCAUUAUCGGUAUGUGGAGAAUAUUAUUUUAAAUAAUAAAAC